UUCCGGCGGAGGAAAGAGGAAGUGAGAGACGCGGAGGCGACGACGACGGCAGACGCUGUAGCCCUCCGCUCCCCCUCCCCCGCUGCCCUAGUCCCGUCGUGCUUUGCGACCCCAGAGUCGAUCGCUCGCUCGCUCGCGGUCGGGGCUCGCGCCGCACCCCCCCCUUCCCCCGGUUUCCAAGGAGACGCGCCUUUCUCCCCCUUCUCUCCUCAACCGCCGCCGCCAUUAUGUCGGCCCAGGCCCAGAUGCGGGCGCUGCUCGACCAGCUGAUGGGCACAGCUCGGGACGGAGACGAAACCAGACAAAGGGUGAAGUUUACAGACGACCGGGUGUGCAAGAGCCAUCUUCUGGACUGUUGCCCUCAUGAUAUUCUGGCGGGAACGCGCAUGGACCUGGGCGAAUGUACAAAAAUCCACGAUUUGGCUCUCAGAGCAGAUUAUGAGAUCGCGAGCAAAGAGAAAGACCCGUUCUUCGAGAUGGACGCGAUGGAUCACUUGGAGUCCUUUAUCGCCGAGUGUGACAGAAGGACCGAGUUGGCCAAAAAGCGGCUGGCAGAAACGCAGGAGGAGAUCAGCGCCGAAGUGGCCGCAAAGGCAGAAAAGGUGCACGAGCUCAACGAAGAUAUUGGCAAACUGCUGGCUAAAGCGGAGCAGCUGGGCGCCGAAGGGAAUGUGGACGAAUCCCAGAAGAUACUGAUGGAAGUCGAGAAAGUUCGAGCAAAAAAGAAAGAAGCAGAGGAAGAAUACCGCAAUUCCAUGCCUGCCUCCAGUUUCCAGCAGCAGAAGCUGCGCGUGUGCGAGGUCUGUUCCGCGUACCUCGGCCUCCACGACAACGAUCGCCGCCUCGCCGAUCAUUUCGGAGGCAAACUGCACCUGGGCUUCAUUCAGAUCCGCGAGAAGCUGGACCAGCUGCGGAAAACCGUGGCGGAAAAACAGGAGAAGAGAAACCUGGAUCGGAUGAGGCGAAGAGAAGAAAGAGAGCGAGACGACCACGUGGGCCAGCGGUCUGGAUCAAGAAACAGAGAUCGCAGGAGGUCUCGAUCUCGCGAGCGGAGGCGAAGACGCUCCCGGUCCGCUUCCCGGGAGAGGCGGAAGACGUCCCGCUCCAAGUCCCACGAGCGGGAGAGGCACAGGCGCCACCGGAGCCGUUCCCGCAGCCACAGCCGAGGCCACCGGCGGGGCUCCAGGGACAGGAGCACAAAGCACAAAUCCUCGCGAGAUCGCUCCUCGAGGGAGAAGUCGCGGGAGAGAGAGAAGAAAGACAAGAGCUCUUCCGAGAGACGGCACGAGAGCACCAACGGCAAAUCUCGCUCCAAGAGGUCAGAGGAGAGGGAAGCCGGCGAGAUCUGAGCACCGGCAGAAGGCCUCUUUUGUCGUACUGUAUAUAGCCCUCAAGAAAUGUUCGACAUGGUCCGGAAAAAAACGUCCCAUUUAUAUUAACUGAAUGCAGCACA